GUGAACAGUAAAGGGGCGUGGAGGUUUCACACAAGAAAGAGUUAAAUCCACUCCCAGCCUUCUCCUUUUUCAGACACCACUAACUUUCAUGGUGACCACAACCAAAACUGAGACUGCAAAAGAAAGACAGACAGAUUGCUCAAGAAAAUAUUAUAAACAAGAAAUAUCUGGAUAACAUUUGGAUAUGUUAAAUCAAGUCUUCACGAACCUGAAGCCACAACCAACUAGCAGCUGUGAUCAUUAACUAAAUCCAGGAAGGAAAAUAAAUCAAAGAAAAGAUCAGCUUUCUUCUUCACAGCUCUGUCAGCCAUCAUAAGUGAGGAUUUCAGUUUGACUGGAGAGUAGACAGAGGCAUACAGAGCUGUACUUUCCCAAUCAAGAUCAAGCCUGGACUAAAAUGUCUGCCCAAUCAGCAACAAUGGAGAACAUUCCACUGACUGCUGUCCCAGGUACAGGUGAAACAACAGAUGCCCAAAAUGACACCACCUGCCUUCAAGUGAUCACCUGCUGUGGUCGUGACCAUACUGUUCCCUCCUGUGCCAAGGACAGGGACUAUAGGAGACUGGCCAUUAGCAGCAUCAUCUGUGGACUCUCCUGCAUUGGCAUUUUAGCUUUGGUCAACUCAGUCAAGGCUCGAGAGGCAAGGAAGACGACUCCAGAGAAGGCUAAACAAUACUCCCAACGGGCAAAAACGUUUGGGAUCAUUUCUAUUGUGGUGUGGGUGGCGAUUCUGGUACUCAGCCCACUACUAUUGGUACUGGUGUCAUACAUACUCACUCUGAUAGACUGACCAAUUCCCAGGAACCACCAAGGUGGAUGUACUGUACCAUAAGGAUGGCUACAGGACAGCGGUCCAACUUCUUUAGUAUUGAUCUUGGACUGCUGUGACACUGUGAGGUGGGAACAGAUGGAAAAGCACCUCCGGUGACUCAGGGAGACUCCACUGUAUACAGCCUCCCUGAGUAUCAUUCUGAUAAGGCUGUCUUGCCGAUAAGGAUUUACAAAGGCACCUUUAACUUUCUUUUGUGUCAAUCUGGAAUUUAUCACUGGAAGACUGGUUUAUAGUUAACAUUCAAGUGAUGCCACAGCUAUAAAUACAUUAUAAAUAUUAAGAUAUUUUGACAUUUAUCAGUAGCCCAACCAGACUUUUAGCACUUAGAGUAAGGACUGUAGUCAAACUACCUUCUUCCUGAAUAAGAGGUUGGUUCAGAGACGAGAGAUGAGCAAGGGGACACAAAAUAACCAAUUGUUUUUGAGAUAGCAUUUAAUGGACACAGUUUAUUUGCUGACAUACAUGAGUCCAAGACUGUAUUUUGUAUAAAACAGCAGAGAUUUUAAAAAUCCUGUAUAAAUUCAAAACAAACUGAGGCACUAUACAGGGGCCUGACUCCAAAACACUCCCAUGUCCACUAUCUGUCUCAACCUUGACAUUUCACUUUUACCAUUUAUGAUAUGCAACACAAACUUUAUUUUUUAACAAUGUUAUAUUUUUAUCAGUGAAAUAAAUCAUUUGUAU